AUGUAAACUACUCUUUAAUAUUAGACUCAAAAUAUCUUAUAUAACUAUUCUAUGAUUUCACUGUUCCUGACAAUAUAAGCUCUUCUUUUCGAAGACUUUUAAAAAGGUGAUGAAAUUUAUUGGUCGUAUAUAGACACAAAUGUUGUUUAUGGAGGAAUACACGUUUGGGCAACAGCCAGAUUUUCGUAAAUAUAUACCAUUAAUUCACCACAUCAUUCAUUAACUAUAUACUUUGAUGCUAUCUUUGGAUACAAAUUCGAUGGUGUCACAGGAUACUUGGGAUAUUCAGUAAAUAACCAAACUGAACAAUCAGUUAAUAAAAAUUCUACAGUAAGUAUAAAUAUCUCUACUCCUUCACCGACUUUAUCAAUUUCAUUUUAAUGCUACGGGGCAACCAACAAUGUUAGAGAUAAAUAUUGCGCAAUCGGAUUUUAUUAUAUUGUUGUUCAUUAUUGUAGUCCCUAUUGUCUUCAAUGUACAGAUGAAAAUAAUUGCUUAUAAUUGGAUAAUUCUAUUGAUACAUCAGUAAUAUUAAAUCCAUCAUCCUGCAGUUCAUCAUAGUAUUAUGAUGACGAAUAUUACAGAUGUGAAGAAUGUCCUUAGAUUUGUGAAACUUGUCUUAAUGAAAUUGAUUGUCUAAGUUGUAAAUACCCUUAUUAAAUUUUUGUAACAUCAUGUGUGUUGUAAUGUAAAAUCAAUGAGUAUUUUGAUGAAUAGAAUUAGAUUUGUGAUUUAUGCAAUCCAAUAUGCAAACAAUGCCAAAUCAAAAAUGAAUGCAUCCAUUGCGAAUAAUCUAUGUUUAGAUAUCUGUUCUAUAAUUAAUGUUUAUGUUAUGAUGGUUAUUACGAUGACAAUAUCAAUAUUGAAUGUUAGGUUUGUCAUUUAUUGUGUACAAAAUGUUUUGGAUCAUCAAAUACAGAAUGCAAUGAAUGUAUCACCGUAGACAAAGUUGAAAUUGUAGGCAAUACUUGUAAUUGUAAAAGUGAAUAUUAUUUUGAGAAAUCCAAUCGGACUUGCAUGUAAUGCCAUAAUAAAUGCGUAACUUGUUUUUCAUCAUCUGAAGACUCUUGUCUUAGUUGCAGUAGCUUAGAAAACAGAAGAAUAGAUGGUCUUCAUUGUUCCUGUUAAACUGGAUAUUACGAACUGAAUGAUAUAUGUGUCUCUUGUCCAAUCAUUGAAGAUUCAAGUCUUUAUUAAUGUUAUAAAUAAUGCGGUGAUAAUUCUAUCUCUUGGUUUAAUUAAGUUUGCUCGGCUAUUACAUGUUUAAUAGGAUUUACAAACUAAGACAAUUAAUGCUUUCCGAUAUGUGGGGAUCUAAUUGUAAAUGGCAAUGAGGAAUGUGAUGAUGGUAAUAGUAUUUUAGAUGAUGGAUGUUACAAUUGUAAAUUUUAAUGUCCAAAACAAUGCACAAUUUGUAAUCAAUAUACAACCUUGCCUUGUGCAAAUGUAUGUGGUGAUCAAGUCAUUAGUGGAUCAGAAGAAUGUGAUGAUGGUAAUCUUAUAUAAUUUGAUGGUUGUUAUCAAUGCAAGCUUGAAUGCUAAAUCUAAUGCACUUAAUGUAUGUACGGAUAAUGCUAUUAAUGUCAGACAUAUGGUUGGAUUGUUGAUAUUGCAUCAAAAACUUGUAUUGAAAAUUGUGGUGAUUUAAUUGUUAUGGCAAGUGAAUAGUGUGAUGAUGGAUAUAAUUUUGACUCUAAUGAUGGAUGUUAUUAGUGUAAGAGAGUAUGCAGAGAUGACUGUUUAAAAUGUAGUUCUGAUGGUUUAAAAUGUCUAGAAUGCUAAGUGGGAUUUUAACCCGUUGGUUAUUAUUGUAAAAAUAUAUGUGGAGAUGGCUAUUUAGCAAUUGAUCCUUUUAAUAGAAAUACUGAGGAAUGUGAUGAUUUCAAUUCAACAGAUUUUGAUGGUUGUAGUAAAGUAUGCAAGUUCCAAUGUUAAACAACUAUUUGCAAGACCUGUGUAAAUAAUUAAUGUCUAGAGUGCGUUGAUAAUUAUUAUUUAGAUCAAAAAAAGAAUAAAUGUAUAGAACUAUGUAAUGAUGACAUUAUUGUUGGCUAAGAAAUUUGUGAGGACAUGAAUAGUUUACUAUAUGAUGGAUGUUACAAUUGUUAAUUAUCUUGUCAAUCAAGUUGCUAGAAUUGCUCAAAAAAUGGCUGCUCAUCUUGUUUAUAAGGGUAUCAAUUGAUUGGUAAUCGAUGUUCAAGCAUAUGUGGAGAUGGAUUAAAAGUCCCAGAAGAAGAUUGCGAUGAUGGUAACUUAAUGCCAUUUGACGGUUGCCAUGGGUGUAAAUACUCUUGUAAUUCAACUUGUUAGACUUGCUACCUUGGUCAUUGUUUACGGUGUCAACUUGGGUAUGUGAAGUAUAAUGGAUUGUGCGAAAAGUAACAAACUUUUAUUAAUAACAAAUUAUAAAGCUUAAACCUUGAUGUAAACUUAAAUCCUAUAGUUUAAAAUCAACCUACAAUGUUAUUUAAUGAAUUUUGUAAGGAAGCCAUUAAUGGUACAUGUCUUGUAUGUUAAGAUAAUUACUAUUUAAAUUCUAUUACAUCUAUUUGCUAGAGCUUAUGUGGGGAUGCUUAUAUAAAUGGACAUGAAUAAUGUGAUGAUAGAAAACGGUAAAGUAAUAUCAUUUGUAACUAAUGCAAAUUAAAUUGUGACGAAAAUUGCAAGAUUUGCUAAUUUGGAAUUUGUAUACAAUGUGAUGAAGGAUUUUUCUUACAAUUUAAAACUAAUCUUUGCGAAAUUUAUGCACAAUGCAAUGAGGUCGGAUUAUAUUAUGAUUCCCUAAAUAAUGUUUGCUAUGAUUAAUGUGGGGAUGGUCUAAUAUCACCAAGAGAAUAAUGUGAAGAUGAUAAUGAUGAACCCUAUGAUGGAUGCUAUAAAUGCAAAUAUUCUUGUUAUCCUACUUGUCCAUUAUGUAUUUUAGGUAAAUGUGCUGACAAUGGUUAAGCUUGUAAAGUAGGUUACUUUUUUGAUACCGAAACGGCAUCAUGUUCUAAUGUUUGCGGUGAUGGAAUUUUGGCAAUACCUGAUGAAGAAUGUGAUAGUGGAAUACUUUUGGAUGAUGGAGAUUAUCAAUGUGAUAAUUGUAAGAAGAUUUGUAACGAUCAUUGUGAGAUUUGUGAUCCAAAUAAAUAAUGUAUUCAAUGCAAGGAAAAUUAUGAAUUAUUAAAUCAAAAAUGUUACUCUAAAGAAUUGAAUCAUUAGCCAUGCUUGAUUGAAAAUUGUGAAAAUUGUGAAGACUUUAAAUGCUUUGAAUGCUCAAUGGGUUAUUCCUACGCUCCAAUAGAAAAUGAAUGUUAAACUAUUUGUGGGGAUGGAAUUAUUUUUGGUAAAGAAAUUUGUGAUGAUGGUAACAGAAUUAAUGGAGAUGGUUGUGAUUCACAUUGUAAACCAUCCAAAAAUACCCAAUGUGUUAAUAAUCAAUGCGUUUACAUUUCACCCCCUAUACCUUAAUUGAAAUUUGUAAAAGAAAAAGAUAAUUCCUAAAUUCUUUAUUUGACUUAUGAUCAAUAAGUAAAAUUAUCAGAGAAUUAUUCAAUUUCAAUGUUUACAGAGUCCAUCAAAUCGUAAAUAAAUAAUAAAGUUACAAAUGUAUCCUUUUCUGAAAUUAGUGCACUUGACUAAGAAUCUUAUAAAUACCUACAGAUUGAAAUUAACAUAGGGUAUGAGGAAAUAAUAAUCAAUCCUAUAUUUUCUAUUCAUUUUACUGACCUAAAUAUAAUCAUAAAUGAAUUUGGAAUGACAUCAAUCUAAUAAGAUAUCUCGAUAUAAUUAGCAUCUCCAAAUGUUUUAUCUGAAAUACAAAAAUAAAUAACAUAAUCCCUUAUAUCGAUUAGUGGGUAUUAAGUUAAAAUAAUAGCAGGUCUUAUUUUACUAUCAUCAUUUGAUGGAAAAUUUGAGAUAAUUCAAAAUCAAAUUGAUACUAUUUAAUUGCUUUAUUACCUAAAGUAUAUCAAUACCAGAAAAGGUCAAAACUUAAUUUAGUUUUUUGAAACUUUUAGGAUCAUUUAACUCACUAAUCUCUAUGAUUUGAUCGGAUUCAAUCCUUCGAAUGAUUUAUUUUUUGAAUUCUCUUCUUAGAAAUCAGAGGGCAUUUUUGAAGAAGAUGGACGAAAUGCGAAUUAUCUAGCUAAUUUCAUUUAAAUCUCUGCAAUUUUUGCUCUAGCCUAUUUAACUCAUUUGGCAAUAUAGAUCUGGAUUAAUUACUCUAUGAAUAAAAUCUAGAAUUUUUAAAUUAAAAAUUUUAAUAUGUUUCUAUUGAAAAGAUUCCAAAAAGUUAUAAGAUUUUUAAUCAAAAAUUGUAGAAAUAACUUUAGUGAAUAAAUUAAAGGACUAUUUUAAUCACUCAUUUAUGAAUACUCUAUAGCUUCAUUCUUAUCUUUAAUCUAUUAAGAUUUUAGUUCAACUGAAGGAAAAGUUAGUCUGAUAUUAAAUGGAGUGGUCACCUAUCUAUUGUUUUAUUAUUUACUAUUUUAGAAAAAUUCAGAGAAAAAAUUACACAUUGAAUUUACUUACUCAUGUGUAUAAAAGGUGCUAUUUGGAAUUAUUUUGAUUAUUUGUUUUAAGUCUGCCAUACUUUAAAUUCAAUUGUGUGCUUUAAAUGAAUUCAUUUAUUUUUACCAUUUAUUUAAAUUAAAGAGCGAUCUUGAUAAAUUUUCAUUAUUCAAAAAAAAAUUGAAGCAUUUUCAUUUAUUUAGCAUCAAUAUUAUGCUUUUGAUAAAUGAAUUAUAUAAGACUGACCCAUUUAAGAUAAUUUAAAUAGGAUGGGCUAUUAUUGCCAUGAUGAGUUCAGUAUUAACUAUGACACUGGUAGUUGAUGUGCGCAAAAUAUUAUAACCAUUUUUAUCAAAAUUCCUCAAUAAACUAAAAUAAUAGAGGCCCAUUUUUAAAAACCAUGAAAUAUUUGAUCAAAUUUAAUAAAUAAAUUGUAAGUGA